AUGACAACUUUAUGGCACGAUCCAGGUAUGAGAGCUUCAAUGACAAUCAAUGGUUACAAACAAAGUCAUAUGCCACUUGUUUAUCUUGGAAAUGAAACAAAUCUCAAAGAAAAUAGAGAUUUCUUGAAAAAAUAUCAUAAAUUAAGAGCUGAAAAGCCUGAAAUACCAACUUCAGAACCUUCAUCUUCGUCACCUUCAACUCCGCCAACAAACCAAACUAAUAUAUCAGAGAGCAAUACAUCUUCUAGUGGAAAAUCAAAGACAACAGUUGCUAUUGUUGUUUCAUUAGUUAUUAUUGCUUUAAUAGCUGUUGCUGCUUUCUUUGUUGUAAGGUUUAUUAUCAACAAGCGUAGUAACAACGAUAAUAUAACUGAAACGGCUUUAAUUGUGUAA